GGGCUUUGGGGUUCUAUUCACUAAUGUACCAGUAUCUUUUUUCUGUUUACUCGGUACUAGUAUUUGCUUUGAAGGCGAUUCAUUAAUAUUCCCUAAGUCAAUGUCAUUAGUAUUCGGGUCAUUGAGUUGUUGACUCAGGUUACUAAGGUCGAUAUUACUAGUAUUCACCUCAGUGGCUUGUUGUCUAACAUGUAAUGGGAUUUGAUUUUGUUCCUGAGGUGUGCGUGUUCCAACAACGUUAAAGCUCGAAUUCCUAAGGUCAAUAUCAAUAGUAUUCGAGACUAUAGAUUGUUGAAGAUCAAUAUUAUUUACAGUUAGAUUAGCACUUAGUUCGUUAUCACGAGAUAGACUGUUGUUAGUAUUGCGAGAUGAGCUCAAACUAUUUUUAUUGAAGCUACUAAGUUGGUCACUGUCACGCAUUGGCGAUUCCUCUAUAAUGCUAAUUGGGUUACCUGAUCCACUACCUUUGUUCUGAUAGUCUUGGGACAUAUUAAGCACUAGCUUCUCGAGGAAUAAUAACUUUGAUUUAAAAAAUACAUUCUCCUUGAUAAGUCGGCGAUUAACUUCAUCUUGAUUCCGCACAACACCUUCCAAUUCUUUUAAUUUUACCCUAAGCAAGUUAAUGUCCGACUCAUAUUCAUUUUCCGACAAUGCAGUAAGCAGCCGCGAUUCCAGAAUUGUAAGGUCUAAUUUAAUACCCUCCAUAUCAGCAUUAAUAUAAGCAGUGGCGUAGCUGGCUCAAAAUAAUCGUCCCGCCGAAAUUUCAAUACAUCUCCAUUUAAACAGGAAUAUUUUGCCUUGCUAAGGAACCCCAUAGCCUGAUGCACGUGCAAAUCAUGCUACACGGGUAAUUUGACCUUUAGAAUCAAUUUCCGACGUUUCCCGAGUGCUAGCAUUGUUUUGGAUAUUUGAACUUGAACCUCCGGUCAAAGCUCUCGCGUAAAAUUUAGAUAUUUUGAAAUACUGAAAUAAAAGAUCCAAAUCUGCAGAUACAAGCUUGAACAUAACACUCUAAAUAGUCUGUUAGAUUGUGAUUCAAACAAGACUAAUACCAAAAUGAAACGUUGAAAGUAGCCGAAGUUAUAUAAUUUCGGCGAAAGGUAUAUAUGGCUUAAUAGUGAUACAUUGUUUACAUCGGUUCAAGUAUAUUGUAUAUAGGUAUGGUUAGUUUACAUUGUUCGAGUGUGGCUAGUUUAUAAUUUAUGGCUAUUUUACAUUGUUCAAUUACAUAGUGUCUUUCAAGCAGAAUUUUUUGGUGGUAUUUUCGUAUUUCUACUGCAAAUAUUCGCGGAGUUCUUUAAUAUAUGGAAUUGAGUUGACAACCUCCGCCUUUAUAAAAUAGCGGGACUUCGGCAUUAAAAACCGCCGUUCUGAGCAUGCGCUGCGCCAAUUAUCCAAUCAGAAACCAGAAUUUCUUGUAUGAAAUAGUAUUGCAUAUCCCGCCAUAUGAAAAUCAGCGGAACACGAGACAUGCGAUUCACGAAUUGCGCGAGUAAGCAAUCAAUUGCGUGGAAAUUAGCUAAUUUUGGGUUUCAGAGGUCAAAGAGCAGACAGCAACAUUGCAUAAACUUUAAAUAAAUAAAUGAAAACACUGAAAAAUGAUUAUAAGUAUAUAAAUUUUCAGAAUAAGAAAAGCUGUUAAGUUGGCUUCACUAUAAAACAUUUCCUCAUUUUUUUUUUAAAUUUCAAGUCCCGCCAGGCGGGACAGCGGGACCGCUAGCUACGCCACUGAAUAUAAGCACAGCUACAGCUACUAUCAGAUGCAUCCAUGCGUCCCGUCCGUAUUUAUUGCCGCAUGUUCGGCUUCUUUAUAGUUAUUACUUGUUACUUCAACUGCAGGACGUGCUAGGCCGGCAAUAUUUCGAAGCUCGAAUUUAAUAUCGUCGCUCAACUUCCCAUUUACUGUAAGCGACUUACUGUCUGCAUACCAUCUUAUAGCUAUAAAGUCGUUUAGUUCGAGCAAUUUACAAUAACCACCAGAUGCCGACCAUUUUGAUUCGUUCUUUGUCAAUUCGGUCAUCAACAUUCUUAGGCUUUGGAAGGGACCAUUCCAUUUGAAUUUGCCUUUAUCACUUACUGUUAAAUAUUUCACAACAUUAUCAGUAUAUUUCUCUUGAUCAAUGAUUAAUUUCUUGCCCGAAUCAUACAUCUCAUCAGAGCUCACAAUUGUAUGACCGUCCGCCAUUGUUCUUUGUAGAGCUCAAAGAUGUACUAAUGUUUAUCAGUGGAUGUUUAGAAUUCCCUCCCCUUGGUCUGGAAAUAACAGUAAAGUUCUUGCAUGGGGAAAGGGGAUGUAAGUUUCCCAAAGCCAACACUUGUGCCUGUGAGCUAAGUUUACCAAUUCAACACAUCACAUAUGCCUCUUUUAAAGAUGAUAUGACAUUUGCCAUCUUAAAUUCCAAAGGAUUUGGACAAACUUAAGAUUUGGAUUAGAAUAAACUUAUUGCAACAUGUAGGGGGCAUUUAAAAAAGAGUAAAAGGCGAAGUUGUUUAAAAUUGUUCAGCAAAUCCAAAAUCAAUAUUUUAUAAUCCAUUCACUACUUUUGAAAUACUAAAAUAUGUCUAAAAUGUCCAUUUUAAACAAUGAAAAUGGUUUUAGUGUUCAUAUAUAUUACAAAUACUGCUGUGUUGAUAGAGCUAAGCAACUUGGCCAAGUAUCUUAUUGUUAUUUACAUUAAUCUUUAUUGUUGAAGUUAAAAUUGACUGUUUUAUAGUUAAUAUGAACAGUGACAUUUGUUAAAAGAUUAGUUCAAAAUUGAUAGUUAUUCAAUAUUAGAUUGGCAGAUUGCAUCUUUUUCCCAGCUAAAUGUGACCCCCUGGAAUUCAGUAUAUACCCCCUUCCCUGGAAUUUCCUAGAAAUCCAUUGCCAGAUACCCAUAAAUAUCUUAUAUACACUAGAUAGUGCAUCUAAUUAUUUUGCAAUUCAAAAAUUGAAGACAUGAUUGCAGUUUCAGGAUAUUCCCAUGAAAUUAGAAGAUUCGGACGUAUGUUUUCUAUUUCUUAAACAGGGAACUUAAACAUUAAGUUAAACCUAUUCCAAAUACAUUUUCAAAUUAUUCAAGUGAUGAAAAUUAUUGGUGUUUUUUAAGCGUUUAUUAGCGAGUGGGAACCACCAACAUGGCCGCCAUCUAUUCAAAUGGGGGUAACCGCUGGAAUAUUCUUGGCUUCAAUUUUACUAAAAGAGAUACGCUAUCUAGUGUAUAUAAGAUAUCUAUGCAGAUACCCCUGAAAAAUUACUUUAAUUGCAGACCAUGCCCUGGCCUUUUUUACACCCCUCCCAUUGAUUUUCCAUUGUCCUCAACUCCCCCUGUACGGAAAAUAAAUGCAAUCUGCCAUUGAAAAUGUUGUGUUUUUAAGAUAAAAUAUACAAACAAUAAAAAACUAUAUUAAUUGUUGAAAUCUACACUUGUUCAGCUAUUUGUUUUAAAAUUGUGUAUAAGUUCAGAGCACUUCUCCAAACAGUGGGCUUUUCUAAUCCUUCUGAUGUGCAAACAUAGUUGAGAUACUCUUGGACAUCCUGAUUAUCCUGAUUAACCGGAUCAGCCACAUGCUGUCUAACCUCAUUAAGCUUCUCGGCAUUCACAGGUUGUUUCUGAUCCUCACUGUCAUGGCGUUCUGGUAAGUAAUACAACUCAUCUGGCCGACCUGGAACAGUCUCGUGCCUUGAGGAUCGAAUGUAGUGGUUGUUCCACAGGGCCCUUGUGUAGUUAAGUUCUUCCUGUAUAAUAUCACUAAAACAGAACCACAUACAUUCCUUAUGAAUAACAUUUCCAUAUUCAAAUUGACCACUAUCCAUGAGAUCUUUAAAUGAUUAAUCCACCAAUGAUUAUCUACUUUUUUUAGAACAAGACUACCAUGCUUCAAUACGUUGGUUUCGCUUCGAUUCACCAUACCUAUGAGCUUUCUCGCCUGCAUACUCAUCUGUAGCAUCUACACGAAAAUAGCACUGAGCUGCUGCAAUGUUGCCAUUUUCAGUGCCACAGUCACUCUGUACUAUGAGAGGACACCCUUCAUUUUCGUCAACACAAUCUAAGUAGAAACACAGUACUACAGAUGGAUCAUUAUUUGAUCUUGAAACAUUCAACCACAAAACCUUGUGGCUGAAUCCAUCGACACACCCAUGUAUUGGGAAUCCAAAAUCUUUCAACUUGUCAUAUCCAUCGAUAUGCCAGGUAUGGUUAGGGCGCAAGCUCCAGUAACUCCUGCGUCUUAACCUUCUUCUUUUGCGCAAUUCACAACCAUCUGGAUCAAUUUCCUUCAUUAGCCUUUGUACAAGGUCUCUGGAUGCUGUUAACCCAUGCCCCAUUCUGAGAGAAUGCCUCAUAGAUCUGUAUCCAAAUAAACACCCAGGGCCAUCCAUUUCUUUUCUUAUGGCUUCUCUAAUCUGGUCAACAACAAUAGCGUCCCUACUUCUUGCUAGAUUAAAUGAUUGCAACCGACGUUUAAGAGUAGAUAAUGACAUGUUUAUAUUAUGAUACUUGGACAUUAAUUGCAGUAUGCAUGAGUAGGUGAAGCCACAAUAGAAAUACAUUUCAAUAAUUUCUCUUUCAGUCAUUUCUCCCUCUUGAGUUACGCUUCUUCCACAUUCAGGACAAAAGUUAAAGAAAUCCUCGAGAGCUUCUCCACAUUGAAUGCACUGGCCGUUGUCAUCCAUGUUUAUGCCUAUUUCAUGCGGUCGCGAAAAAGGCGGGAAAUAAUGAGUAUUGAGACCGGUUUCAGCGGUUUCUUUGUGGCGUGAAUCCGUCAAAUUGUGGCAUGAAUCCGUGAAAUUGUGGCGUGAAUCGUGAAAUUGUGGCGUGAAUCGCGGAUUUGUUGGCGUAUUUCGUGUUAUUGUGGGGUGAUUUCACUUUUUGUGUGUGAAUGACCCUUAUCGGCCACCGUAGAAAUCAAAGAAGCGGUAACUAUAGAUGCUCAGUAUGCGCAGAAUUCCAGGUCAAACAACAGAAUCAGCCUAUGCAGUCACACGACGUUCCUGAUCGGCCAUGGAGUAGAGUGUCAACAGAUCUAUUCACCCUUGGAAACAAGGAUUACGUGGUCCUUGUAAAUAGUUAUUCAGAUUUCCUCGAAGUUGGUAAGCUCAAAGGAACUACAUCGUCAGCCAUUAUAGAGUUUCUUAAGGAACAGUUCAGUCGACAUGGCAUCCCAGAUGUUCUGGUGUCAGAUAAUGGUCCCCAGUAUACCAGCCGAGAGUUCACAGAUUUCACCACAGAAUGGGAAAUUAAACACGUCACAUCCUCACCUUACCAUGCCAGAUCCAACGGAAAAUCGGAGUGGGGGGUGAAAAUAGCCAAGAACCUCUUCAAAAAAGCACAGAAGGAUAACAAAGACCCAUGGUUAGCCCUGCUCGACUACAGAAACACUCCAACUGAGGGAGUCCAGACCAGCCCAUGUCAGCGUUUGAUGUCCCGCAGAACAAGAACCCCCCUGCCAGUGGCAACCAGCCUCUUGUAUCCUGAAGUAAGCGAAGGUAUUAAAGAAAGACUGCAAAGAAAAAGACAAAAAGCAAAGAGCAAUUUCGAUAGAAACGGAAAGUUCCUGCCAGACCUAGACGUUGGUCAAGAAGUCAGAGUUCGGGGUAAGAGAGAUAAAACCUGGGAGUUGGGGAAGUGCCUUGAAAAGUUAUCGGAUAGAUCUUACAUGGUACAAACGAAUGGAGAAAAACUACGCAGAAACAGAGAAGAGAUCAGGCCAUGUUUAGAUGUAGAGGAAAGGAACAGUGCAAAUAAUCCAGAAACAGAAGUGAGCCUGGACGCUGAAAGUGAUCAACAUGAGCCAACGGUACCAGUAGAGUCCAAACCUAACGGGUCGCAGAGAAGAAGUUCAAGAUCCAUAACGGCCACACCAGAUUGUAGGGGAAACCAAACGAGAAGUUCGAGGACAAUCAAAGCACCGGCUAGAUAUAAAGAUUAUGUCUGAAGAUUGAACCAAACUUGACACACACUUUAUUAGUUACGUAGAACAUUUUAAGUUAGCUAUUUAAUAUUUUCAUAACAGUGAUUGACACUACAGUUAUUUGAAGAAGGGGAGAUGUUACGAUAUGAACUUCCCGUUUAUUACUUCCGAUAUGUAAAUAUGUUAGGUCACGCGAUCAGACACACUUGGCUGAACAAGGACACGGAUUUACAUAUUGUUGUAACUUUUGUGAUACACUUUUUGGUUAGACCUAGUAGAGAAAGGUUGAUGUAUAUAUGAGACAUUAAAAAUACCGAUUUCAAAUAACAACAAGUACACUACCGAGUACUGAAUCACUGUUUGCAAAGAAACUAGCCUAUAUCACCACAAAAAUUCAAGCUUACUUUUAAAGUCAAAUAGUUUAUGGAUAGAAGUAGUUUUUAUGGAGUCAAAAAUAGGGCAAGUACAAAUUUAAAGAAGGUCAAGUUGCACUUGUAUAUCUCACUUCGAAAAAGAUUUACAUACUAGAAAUACAUGCAUGUGCCAUGCAGUAACCCCUCGCCAAUAUUUUCCAAACAUUAAAUUAACAUGAAGUAUUAAAAAAUGGCCCACUGAACGCAGAGCUCAAGUGUUGCCAUGACAACACGAUAUUCUUAAAUGUACAAAACUGCAAAAUAGUUGAAAGAUUCGUACUUUUAACUAUACAACAAUAAAUUUCCGAAAUAUAUACUGUAGGUAUUUAUUUUGCGUUUUGUAAGCUUUGAUUUAAUGUAAAAUUUAACUUGAAACGCUUCGUAAAAUGUUUUCAAAUGUUCAUUCAACUAUACUAUAGUUCAUUUGCCGAUAAACUAAUAAUAAAACAUAAUAAGUUACAAAUAUAACAACUUGUUAGGUAAUUUCAGUUCAGUCUUCAAAUCAAUUUAUUUCCCUUUACAUUUUAAGCUUUAAUCAAAUCAAAGAAUCAAAUAACAAAACGUCUUUUCAAUAAAUGGAAAGAGCAUCUUAAAAUUAUUAUUACGCACAGGAAAUAACGUAUAACCAUUUUCGGCUCAAAAAUGGUUAUUAAUUUCCCUUGUGUAAUACAAAUUUAUUCAAAACUUGCGAACAUCGUACAGUUUUAAUCUACUCAUUUUACAACAUUUUGCAACCAAACCUGGCAAAUUUAUUAAAUUUAAUAUCAUAAUUCUUUAAUUAUUUAAUAUCUAUCAUAGUUGUUUCCAGCUUAACAUCAUUGAGUAUGUGAUACUGUGUACAGUAAUAACCAAAGUCUUAAACUGUUGGGCGAAAUUGCUAUCUUUCAGUUUCGUUCCUGAAUAACGAAACUACCUAAACUUUAGUUAUUUAGUUAGAUCACAGUAUGAUAAAUAUAAAAUCAAAUAUUUGUUCCAAAAUUGCCUUUGCAAAAUGUGAAAAUUUUAUCUUUUUGACCCUUUUUACAGCUUCGGGGAUAAUGGGGGUUUAACAGGGAACAUAUCAAGAUUUUGACGGGAUAAUAGGGGUGUAAUGUUGAUAGGGUUAGAAACAACAUGGCGGCUUCAACUUCUGCCCAAAUUUUGCCUUAUUUGAAUAACAAGUGUUAUUUACAUAUUGUUGAUGUGCAAAGUGCGAUAUUAAACCGCUAACAGGUAAGAGACGUUAGUAAAACGAAUCGAAGAUUGGAAAGGUUUAUACGGAAAACAACUUGACAUUGCUCUCAUUUUUGAAAGAAAAGGAUUGACCGAUUUCGUUGAUAUAAAUAGUGGCCUGUUCGGUUGGAAGUUGCCAAACAACGUUAUCCAGAUUUUGGAUUCCACGAGGAGUGCUAUCAAAAAUUAACUAAUAUUUCUAUUAUAAACAAGGUAAGUUUGUCAAUUUAAUUUUACAGCAUAUUGUAAUUUGUAAUAUUAUACUUUUUUUUGGAAUGGGAGUAUUAUUUGCAUUAGUUAUAUUAAAUUUGUUUAAAUGUAUUUCUUAUAAAGUAUUAAAAAGCUAUGCUAAAAUGUUAUGCAAUACCGUAAUAGCCUUUUUUGUAGUAGUAGUAUUUUGUAGUUAUAUAUAUGUGCCAUUGUGUUAGAUAGUAGAUUAUUUAUUUCUAUAUGCAGGCAAGGAGAACUUUAGAGAGAAAAAGGAAAAUGGAAGAAGAACCAGCUGUACCACCAUCAAAACCCAAAAUGCCAUUUCUCCGAAGCAAGGUCCCAAAGAUGUCCCAACAACCACAUACAAUUCUACCCAAGUUGUGUAUUAUUUGCAAAAAGCUAACUAAAAGGACUAAGAUUAAGGGAAAGUGGGUGCAUGAAUCAUUGUCUAAAGCAGAAACAUCAGAUGCAGGUAAGAUUGAGAUAAAAAGCCCAAAGUAGAGGGGAUGUUCAGUAUGUGUGUAUUCUUAUCACGUUGGUUAUUCUCUGCUUAAAAUAUAAUGAUUUAUGGUCAACUUAUCAAGUGUAGUGUAUCAAAGGCACACAAAUGAACACAUUUUCCCACUUUUUAGGCACACAUUUUCCCACUUUUUAGGCACACAUUUUCAAAGGCACACAUUUUCCCACUUUUUAGGCCAGCUUCGUAGUGCUGCUGAAAGGAUAGAUGACGAAACUAUCUUGAAGGACAUCAGAGGAAAAGACUGUUCAUGUAUUGAGGUCCAGUACCACAAGAGCUGCUACAAUGAUUAUGUCCGUGUUUUAAAAGGAAUUUUAUUGCCUCUUAGAAAAUCCCCCUCCCCCCCAUCACUUAUCACUUUUCUAAUGGUCCGUCCCUUAUGGUUACAUGUUACGUUUUAGGAAACCAAACUUCUUUUCUGAGCACAAUUGAUUGUCUUAGUUGGAUAAUUACCCAUUUUUUCUCUUUACGAUCUGAUAUGUUGAGAGUGAGAUUACAAAGGGAUUUUGAGCAACUUGUGUUUCAUGAUCACAUUCCAUCAAGAAGGUUUGUAAAUCACUCAGUGUUUUUCGUUUAUAAGUGUGAAAACAUUAUGAUCAAUGCUAUACACUCAAAUAGAACUAAAAUUAUAUAUGUUUGUGACAAUUAACAUGCCUGUACUGAUAAUACCGUAUUCUUUUAGGAAUGAAUCCACAAUUGUAUAUUGUCAAAAUGUAACAGCUGGUGACAUAGCACAGCAGUACUUGCCUAGAAGUCAAGUUUCUAGUGUUGAAGAUGAAAGUGAUGAAAAUGACUCUUCAGAAGUUUUAGAAAAUGAGAUUAGAAGUAGUAGAAUUGACAGGCAUCAAACAAGUCAGGAAGGCAGUUCUGAAAAUACAUUUAAAGAAUUGUUUAUGUCAGGUUAGAAUUUUUAGAUUUUUUAGUGGU